UGCUUCGAUCUUCAGUGAAUGUGUAUCGGUUGGUGCCGUUUUGUUAUUUUGUUGCACAUAUAAAUGUUGAGCAUCUUGGUUAAAUGUUUUGUUAUGAUCUAAAUGGAAAAAUAGAGUUUUUUUAAUGAUCAAAAGAUGCAAAUUAUUCUAGUGUCAAUAGAUAACAAUUUCUUAGUUAAUAUCAGUUAAACAAUCAGUGAUGACUUUUAGGUCAUCAUAGAGUAUGAACAAUUAGAAACAUAAAAUUUUCAAAAAUUUUUACUCCAAAUAGGCGCCGAAAUUCUCAUAAUAAAUAUUUGGAAUUAACGCGAGUUUCACGCGGCAUUCUUGUUAUUUACAAUUUGAAGUCGAUUUUAAUUUCACAAAAAGUUUUUGGACAUCUUCAUUGAAAUAUAAUUUAAUUGGUGAAAAAUAGAGAUUUGUAUAGCAGAACAUUAGUUGUCAUGGUUCAAUUGUUUGCUCACUUCCAGCCAUCAUUUUUUUCUUCAUCGGUUUGAUUUUUGUUGCCGCGCACCAAAAGGUUUAUUAAGUGCAUAGAGUGAAAAGUCGUUAACAUAUUAGUGUUAGAGCUGUUGAAUUGUUUUUUUUUUGUCUUCGUUUUUUUCAUAAAUUGUUCACUCGAAUGGUGUGAAUUUGAUUGGUUACAUUUUUUUUCAUUUGUUACUGAUUUGCAUAUUAUAAGAAAUGCAGUUACAAUCGGUUUCCAAUGGAUUUAUCAAAAACUUUAAAGAAGCCAAGUGAUAGCUUAUCGAAACUGUGUCUAUAAAAAUUCAUAAAAUUAGUGAUAACCAUAACCAGCUGAGUUGAUAAGAUAAUUUUUGCUAAUUCAUCUUGAACAUCAUAUCAAUUUAUUUAUUUAAAAAAAACGAAAAAAAAUUAAAUUUUUUAAUGAAUCACCGUAAUACAAUCGAUAAAAGGCGCUUAAAAAUGAGCUCGUCGUCACUAUCACCAGAAACAUCGCUAUCAUCAUCAUCCUCCAAAGAUGAUGAAGACAUCUGGGAAACGGAUUUGACACCAGCACCCAUAUCCCGAUUGAACAGUCUCGAUUGUUGGGACUAUACCAUCGAAUUGGAAUGCUUAAGAGGCCCUGAAGAUCUUCAACUUGCCGCGGAACUUGGAAAGACACUUUUGGAACGGAAUAAGGAGCUUGAGGGGACGGUGAAACAGCAGCAAUUACUAAUAGACGAUCAUUUGCUAGAAAUCGAGUAUCUCAACAAACACAACGUCGCUCUCCGUGAAGUAAAUGAGUCCCGAUUGGGAUGCUACGAAAAUCUCGAGCUGAGUAUUCUUGAAUUGGAAAGGACUGUUCAUCGGCUAACAACUGAAAAUUCAUCUUUAAAAAGGGAAAACAAGACCUUAACAACGAACGCAGAAACAGCAGAGUCCCGUUGUGAAGAAUUAAAUCGCCAAAUCGAGGAAUUAUCGAAGCAAUUCAGGAGCGAAAAGCGGCGCAAUGAUAAAAUUAUCGAGGAGCAAAACAAACAAGAUGAAAUUAAGAGAACAGAACUGCUAAAACCAAAACUGAAUACAUCACUUCCAUGCGACGUUAGCUCAUAUAACCCUUUGCUGAACCAAUCAGAUCAAGAAAGUAUUUUCCGAAAUGCACAUAGUCCGAAUGUAACCAGUUCGUCGAUGAUUGAACAACGUUCCGACGAAAUCGAUGGAACUCAGAAAUUCAACGAAAGCCAAAACGAAAACGAAGAGUUCUUAAGGGUUUUAGAUGAGUUGGAAGGAAAAAAGAGACAAUACCUUAACGAGCAACAACGUGUUACCGAAUUGGAGGAGCAAUUGCAUGUAAUCAUUCAAGAAAACAACGAGCUCCAAAGUCGACUGGCCGAAGCAGCAACCCAAGAAGAAAUCAAAUCGAUGCAUGAUGAGUUAUCUAUUUUGGACGAAGUGCGCCGUGGUAAAAUGUGCAUACGAUGCCUCCGAAAUGCUAACGAUGACGAUAUGGAUAACAAACUGGGUGAUGACAAUUUCUCGAUUGCUGGAACCGAAGACGGUGAUAAUCAGAGUUUAAUGAGCAACGAAAUGGGACCGAAAACAUAUCACAAUGCGCUUUCAUUUCCGCCGUCAACGUUGGACAUUUCCUUGCACGACUCGGCGCCCAGUCCGAAUCCAUACCGCGAACUUGUCGAAAAAUACGAAGCAUUGCUGGAAGUUCAACGACAACCGAUUCGGGCACGUCAACCAACUCUUCAAGAUGAACUAACAUCCGGUGAUUUCAGUUCGAUCAACACAAAAGAUACGGACGAUGAACGCUGUCGCCAAAUGAAAGCACAAAAUGAUCCGAGACCGAGAAAGAUGUGUUUGCGUACACCGACCGAUUUCUCGGAAGCGGAAACGUUGAGCUCGGGCUUUUCCGAUGAGACGAGCAAUAAACACACCCAGACGGAAGAGAAUUUCCUUUGCACAAUAGCUGAUGGUGAUGAUAAAUUCAGCAUUUAUGAUGAUGCAACCAUGCCCAUCGAUUCGCGAUUCCGCAAUCGACCGGAGUAUCGUGAAUUGUUUAAGGAAAUCUUUGCCAUUCUCAAACGGGCCGCAGAAAAUAAGGAUGAGGGUGAAAAGUUGCCAUUAUUGGACGAUAAUAAUCCCUGUUUUAAGGCUCCUCCGGUAACACCAGCUGCUGAGGAAUUGCCACCAAUUCCCGACGAUACUGAGAGCAUUAUUUCAUCCGUCGUUUCUGAGCAAUCUGUUGCAAUGUCUGAAUGCAUAACGAAACGAGAACGUCAAUCCAUAAUUAGUACAGUCAAAAAGCAUGUCCAGAAAAGUGGCCAAGAGAACAAUCCACCAGUCGGAAAAGUUCUUCCAGACGGCAGAAUCUUGACACCGUUGAAACGCGAGCCAUUAGACUAUUUAGCUGUUAGUGUAAAUGUACGAAAGAAGAAUCGUCGCCGAUCUCGUGGCACCCCAUUGGACAGAUCCGAAUCGCCAAUAGUUCCCAGCCCUCCGCGAGUCUAUUUCGCAAGCGGCAAAAAGCGACGUGAUUAUCGAUCGAUGCCAUCCAGUUCGUUGGCCAACUCAAGCGUAAACAUCGGCGAAUGGAACGGCAGCUCGAUGACCAUCUACAACAAGUCCAUGCAAUCACCAUCGACAUCGUCAACAAUGAAUACAACCUAUCAGAGUACCCCAGUCGGUAAGACACCCGAUUUCCGACGAAGAACUAGCACUGCAUCGCAAGAUCUACAUAAACUUCGCAAAUUGGAAUUGUCUUAUGCUGAAGUGUUGAGACGGGCUGAUACCAAGAAUAUGCACAGAAAGUAGCUGAAUUGAUAGAAUUUAAGAGAGCGAGAGAGAGAGAGAGAGAGGGAUGAUAAAGUGUUUGGGUUUUGUUUGAUUUCGAUAAUUUAUAUCAUUUUGCGUAAGUUUAUUUCGACCUACAUUAAAAGAAGACACAUAAAGUGCGACGAUUAUAAAAUUUCCCUUCACAUGUGCCACACUUACACAGUAUCGUAGUUUACAGAAAUAAUAUCAAUGUUUAAUGUUUGCCACCCUACACACAGUAACGUAACAAAGUCUCAAAUAAAUCC